CACGUUCUGUUCGAUGCGGUCACAUACAUUAAGCAAACACAGAGGAUCACCUUAUUUGCAUGGAACUUUAGGACAUGACAGCCUUUUUCCAUGUAGGCAUGUAGGACUGCAUAUGAAUAAGGUUAGGAUUUUAUAUUCAACAUUGUAACUUUCGUUUUCCUUAUUUGCAAAUAGAAACUGUUGACCAAACGUCAUGAGACGCGUCACUUAGGCCAUUGCGGUAAAAAGGGAUUCACGCUAAUCCUACAUCAGAAGUUUCAACAUGACAGAUAGCUGGAGACUAGCAAUGUCGUUCUCUACUCAAGUCGUGUUUGUGAAGAUGUCCCUGCAGCUUUGCAUAAGUAACAUCCAGCACAUCUUUGCAACUGUCCUGGCAUGGAUAGGUGUGCGCGGUCCGCAGGUGCGGUUGACAUCUACAGGAAAAGUCAAUCUUGUCAAGAUGUUGCAAAAUAAUAUAUCUCAAACAGCGACAACUCCAAGCAGUGUCAAUUAUCAUUUUACUCGACAGUGCAAUUAUAAAUGCGGUUUUUGUUUCCACACGGCAAAAACGUCUUUUGUCCUUCCCAUUGAGGAAGCAAAGAGAGGUUUACAGCUUCUGAAGCAAUCAGGACUGGAAAAGAUGAACUUCUCUGGUGGAGAGCCUUUCUUACAGGACAGAGGGGAUUUCUUGGGUAAAUUAGUCCAGUACUGCAAACAAGACCUCCAUCUCCCAAGUGUCAGUAUUGUCAGCAAUGGCAGCCUGAUCAGAGAGAAGUGGUUCCAGAAAUAUGGCCAAUACCUGGACAUUCUGGCCAUUUCCUGUGACAGCUUUGAUGAGGACACGAACCAGACUAUAGGCAGAGCCCAGGGCAGAAAGAGCCACCUUGACAACCUCUUCAAAGUCCGGGAGUGGUGCCGGGACUACAAAGUGGCAUUCAAAAUUAACUCUGUGAUCAACACAUUUAAUGUGAAUGAAGACAUGAGAGAAAACAUUUCUGAGCUCAACCCUGUACGCUGGAAGGUGUUCCAGUGUCUACUGAUCGAUGGGGAGAAUGCUGGGGAGAACAGUCUGAGGGAGGCAGAGAGGUUUGUCAUCAGCGAUCAGCAGUUUCAGGACUUCCUGGAUAGACACAGCACCAUCAGCUGCCUGGUACCUGAAUCCAAUCAGAAGAUGAGAGAUUCCUACCUCAUCCUGGAUGAAUAUAUGCGUUUCCUGGAUUGCAGAGAGGGGAGGAAGGAUCCAUCCAAGUCCAUCCUUGAUGUUGGCGUGGAGGAGGCCAUUCAGUUCAGUGGCUUUGAUGAGAAGAUGUUCCUAAAGAGAGGAGGGAAAUAUGUGUGGAGCAAAGCUGACAUGCGGCUCGAGUGGUGAUCCACACAUUGUAAUCAAUUCCACUUUUUGUUUGUACUUGUGUGUGUUUUUAUUUGUAUAGACAGAUGUAUUUAAUGGAUAACAUAAAUAGGAAAACAAAUAAAAUAACAAAAUUAGGCUACACCAACAAUUUAGAACAUAUUGAUAGCUGGUGAUAAUCCAGUGACGUCGAUGGGUGCAAUAGACCCCUUGUUAUUUGAUUAUAUUCCAAUACAUUCUUUAGGCUAUCCAUUCAUUAGUCUAUCCAUUCUCACAUAAUGAUAACAGUUUCCCUGGCUGAGCUAAUGAGAUCAUUUGGGCCAUAAGUUGAUUGACAGCUAGUUGAACAGCCUAUUUCAUCAUCCCCAGUCCUGCAACUUGCGCCAACUCGGUCUCUUUAAUCGUGCGAUAAUGAUUUGGUCAUUAUCAUUCAAGAAUCUGGCACUUUGCCGCAACCAUUGAGUUAAAGUUCAAAUCUUCCUCCCACUGCUAACUGGCAUAUUAUUAGGCCUAUAUCGUCAUCAUACUGAAUCAUACAGUACAUAUGAUCAUUAUAUUACUCAAGCCUAUUAUUAUUCUUUAUUAAAUUGACAGUCUCACUCCGUUUGUAUUUUUUUUGCUUUCAUUGAAGACAGAACAGUGUUGGAAAGAUGGGGAAGAUAGGGGUAGGCGGAGUCAAAUGACAGUUGGCCGGAUUCGAACCCAUGUCGACGCUGGCAUGUGUCUGGACAACACAAUCUCACAUGCAAAUAUGUCCGAAAAGUAUUUAAUCAGAUUUCAUGCUUUUUUCUGUGGCUUAAUUCCUGUGAAAAUACACAUUUUUGUGUGACCUAAUUCAUAGGAAAAUACAUUUAUGGCAGGCAAACUUCAGGAACAAUCUUUUGAAAGCAUUCUGUUUUUCAACAUUGUGUUAGGUGUAAUUACAUGGAUGUAUCUAGUGAACAAUGGAUGAGCAACAAUGGGAGUGACAGAUAGAAGUAGUCACGACAGGUGUGAUCAAGCCUUACAUCAAAGUUGCCUGAAGCUGAAUGGAAAGUGCUAUGCUCUGACCAGUUAUUCAGAAGAAAAUCCUCUGUGACUGUCUAAUUCACAUAUGUUAGCUUACCAAUUUGGACCCAAAACAAACACAUUCUACACAUUCACAAAUGACCUGUUUAAAGUAUUAUUACAACCAUGGUGUUAUUUUGUUACUGAAGCUAUCAGCAGAGCCUUGUCUGGCAACGAAACAGUUCAUUCAGCCUCAUUUAUUACCUUUAACCCUUGUGUGGUGUUUGUAUCUGGGG